AGUUCACAAGCGAUGAUGAAAUCAAACAAGAAAUGACAUUCUGGCUCAAUUCCUUGGUGGUAGCUUCGGGAUUGGAAAACUGGUCCAAAAUUAGAAUAAGUGCUUUGACAGGUCUGGUGACAGUAGUGAAAAAUGGAAGGACUUGCUUUGGUUGGGUCACUGACAAGAAGUUUCUCUCGGAAAGUACAUUCAUUAUGAUUUUGUAUUUACUUCAGGGAUUUUUCAUGCUUCUGUUUCCUGUCUCAAAUCUGUUUUACGUAUUUAUGUUAAAUUUAUUUAUAUAUGGAAUGGCUACCGGAAGUGGUAUGGUCCUCUUUCCUGUUAUACUUUACAAGUUUGUUCACCACGACAUACAGAGUUUGGCCAUUGGAGGAGCAGGAUUCAUGGCUGGAUUUCUAACAUUAGUCAUGCCAUUAAUGAUGGGUCAUUUUAGAGACAAUGCGGGCUCUUAUGACGAGCUAUUUUUGCUUCUGGGAGGAAUUAAUAUUUUUGCAGGAUUAUUAUUCUUCAUUGUUCCACUGACAAUGCCAUUGUGUUACACUCAAAGAGAACUGGAAGAUCUAUUUGGCACGGAAAAUAUGGAAUGAUGGAGAGAAACCACCAUCAAGAAGAAACAAUGUUAUGGCAUGCAAUUAAUAUGAGCUGUUGUAUAUUGAGGGAAUUAACAGAGAUUAAGAAUUUCGAUACAAGACAAAUUCAGUUAUUUGAUUGUAAUGGUUAAAAUAUAAGAAUUAAUUCAAAGAAAAGUAAAUAAUACUAACCAAUUCAAAGAAAUAAUUUUAUUUUAAAAUGUUAAACGUAUUAUGCAAAAUCAAUAAAUUUUUUUAUUUUAUAGAUCAUUAUGUACCUUAUCUUUUUAAAAUGGUUAAGUUUAAUCGUUACUUGGGUUU